CAUACAUAGAGCGUUGUUGUCACCGAAACAGCGUCAGCUGUUCAACGGUCAACGAGCAGAUGCACUUUUAGGUCGUUAGUGCUAUUAUAACUACUUUGGACUCCCUACAGCCAUGGCAACGGCGCACUCCGCGUUAACCGUAGCUGUGUGCGUCCUGAUGAUCACAGAGCUCCUUCUUGCCGAGCAGGACUACUAUGAAGUCCUGGGUGUGCCCAGAGACGCGUCUGAACGUCAGAUCAAGAAAGCGUUCCACAAAUUGGCUAUGAAGUAUCACCCAGACAAGAACAAGAAGCCAGACGCUGAGACAAAGUUCAGAGAAAUUGCUGAGGCAUACGAGACGCUGUCCGACGCCGAGCGGAGACGAGAGUACGAUCAGUUGAAGACGUUCUCCCGAAGGAGAGCAGGACCGGACGACCAGUUCCGCCGGCCGUUCACCUUCGACUUUGAGGACAUAUUCCGAGACUUCGACGUUUUCGGCCGGCAGAAGACGCACUUCGAGAGCCAUUUCCACGCACACGAGGAGGCGCACCGAAGGCACAGCCAGCACUUCCACACUUCCUUCGGCGGCGGCGACCUGUUCGAAGACGUGUUUGCAGACGGCUUCUCGUUUGACGGACAGGUGGGCGGAGCCGGGAGCAGCUUCCAGGGCUCUGCCAGGCAGCGGCAGCACUGCAGGACAGUCACGCAGCGCAGGGGAAACAUGGUGACCACGUACACAGAGUGCUCCUGAUCCCACACUGCGCUUGCAAUGCUGGGGAUGCAUUGGUCCCGUGUUUUAACGUAGCGUCUAGCGAUCGCUCAGGAUUCACUGAGCCAGUGUUGGUAACGUUUGUCAGAGCUGCAUACAGAGUAAUGUAAUAUGCAGCAGUGGGCAUUUUUUUGCAGAAGGGUCUAAGUAAAGGAUAUUUAAUAUAGCUGCGCUCAUGAUGGCUUUCUAAGGGAGACGUGGUUUUAGCGCUGUGGUUGGACGUUUCCAGUCACUGGGGUAAACAAACAGUGUUGAUAUAUGUGCAAAAAGGUCUUGCUUUGCUAAAGCAUCAUGAAUUAGAGCCCUUCUUUAUAAGUGUUAUCAAAAAGUGUAAUACAAUUUGUUUGACAGGGAAAAGGAAAAGUUUAAUAAUGCAUUAAUAAAUAGGCCAGAUAGGUUUUAAAGAUAAACUUGGCUUCAGGCUGUUAUUUAAAUGCACACUGUCUCAAGAUGUAUCUCACCUAAUGCAAAAAUACCGUAAACAAUUAAGGUGAUCAGCAAGAUUGUUUUGCCAAGAUUCUCAUGAUGGUUGUCGUUUCAUUUUUAGACAAUCUCUUUUUAAAAGUAUUACUGGGGCUUGAAGGCAGAUGCUUAAUGAAUCCAUGGUCUGUUUAGCCUUUUGGGUGGGAAAAAAAAAUCAAGUUUGUCUCCAUCAGUCAGAAUGUACAUAUUUUUUUCAAUUAGACUAUUUCUUUUACAGGUUUUAUUUGCUUAAUCUCUUGUUGGAUGUUGCACAAUGUUUAAAAAUGAGGAAGUUGUUUACAAUGAGCUGCCUAUUAAUUGUUAUUUCCUGUAACUUCUUUUCAUCUAUGCACAGUGGGGCCUCAGAGCAGCGCCUCAUCUCGGCUAGGGCCAUAGUAACUGAGUCAGGGGACAGGACUUACCAUAUUGGGUCACUUUUGCACCAAGUGUGGGUUUGUCCCAUUCAUUGGCAGCGGUGCCCAUCUCCAGUCCUGAAGACCCAAAACAGUGCUGAGCUUAGUUCCAAUGCACCUUAUUUUGACCUUCAGAUUCUACUGCAGAUUAAUUUAGCAGGUGCAUUAGGACUAGAGCUAAACCCAGCCGGGCUGUAGAGCUUCAGGUUUGGGGUUGGCAUAACAGAAGCCAUCAGAGGAAGGACACUUGAGUCUAUCAUGUCUGUACUAAAUCCCCAGCCCACUCAGCUUUGCCCUAGGGCUGAACCAGUCUCCACUGGGCUGGCUAAGCCACUCCCACUGUUUUUUUUACACCCAUCAUUCUUAAACAGGUGUUUUGGCUCUUAGACUAGGUGUACACCUCUAAAAAUACAAUAAUGACCCUUGGUACUCCUUUUACUUCACAAGAGUGAUAAUUAAAUGACCCCACAAGCUUUUGUGUCCCAUGUACUGUAUGCGUUUGGUGGGAACAUAAAUUAGUCCAACAGUUAGCCCUCCCAUCAGUAUGAGUGUGAGAGCGUUUGUGUGUGAGGGUGUGUUUUCCCCUAAAGAAAGUCAAAACCUUCCAUUCAUGUUAGCAGCUGCAGUUGUUUCCCAGGGUUGCUCUGAGCGCUCCUUCUCUAUACCAGUCGUUACCUCUUGUCAUAGCUUUGAUGAUGACGUGCAAUAUUUUAACGAGAACUUCAUGUGUUUGUGUUUUUUUUUUUUAUUUUUGCAUGUGCCGUUUUAGAAACGGUUCUAAAAUAUAAUUAAAUAAUUUAUGAUUGCACGAAUGCCUUCCACCCCCCUAAGCUAAGGGUUCUUUGGGGUGUACUUAUUUAAAGUUCUAGGGUUGUUUGUUUUUUGGUUGGUUCCAUAAAAUCUGCAUUGUAAAAUGUC